AUGAGUCAGAAUGGUUGGUUUCAAUAUUUUGCAACUUGUUGCAGUCGAGAACGGGAUCGACGACAUCAUCACCACCAUCGCGAUCGUAGUCGAAGUCGCAGUCGGAGUCGCAAGGACCGUACACCGGAGAAACCGAAAAAGAAGUACAAGUUCUGGGAUAUACCGCCAGUUGGCUAUGAACAUUUGACACCCAAAGAAUACAAAGAGCUACAAGCUGCUGGCCAAAUUCCACGAAAUAACGUGCAGUCAGCAGUGCCUGUGGUUGGACCGUCGGUCACCUGUCAGUCACGACGUCUUUAUGUUGGCAACAUACCGUUUGGCUGCAGCGAAGAUGCAAUGCUGGACUUUUUCAAUCAACAGACAUUUGCGUUAGCGUUUAGCCUUCUACCAGCAACCAUGCGUGUUUCAGCUGCUGGCCAAAUUCCACGAAACAACGUGCAGUCGGCAGUGCCUGUGGUUGGACCGUCGGUCACCUGUCAAUCACGACGUCUCUAUGUUGGCAACAUACCAUUUGGCUGCAGCGAAGAUGCAAUGCUGGACUUUUUUAAUCAGCAGAUGCAUUUGUGCGGGCUGGCUCAGGCACCAGGCAAUCCGGUACUAGCAUGCCAGAUGAACCUUGAUAAAAAUUUCGCCUUCAUUGAAUUCCGCUCAAUCGAUGAAACAACUGCUGGCAUGGCUUUUGAUGGGAUCAAUUUCAUGGGGCAGCAGCUGAAAAUUCGAAGACCACGAGAUUAUCAGCCGAUGAGCACAAGCUACGAUUUGGGCAACAUGAUGGUGUCGAACAUUGUGCCGGAUAGUCCGUACAAGAUAUUUAUUGGCGGUCUGCCGAGUUACCUCAAUGCUGAACAGGUAAAGGAGCUUCUAUCCUCCUUUGGGCAGCUCAAGGCGUUUAAUUUGGUUACGGAACAGUCCACUGGUGUCUCAAAGGGAUACGCUUUUGCAGAAUAUCUGGACCCAUCGUUAACUGACCAGGCUAUUGCUGGCUUAAAUGGCAUGCAACUUGGCGACAAAAAUCUCGUCGUGCAAUUAUCAUGUGCAAAUGCUCGCACAAAUGUGGUACAGAAUACAUUCCCUCAAAUCCAAGUGGCCGGGAUAGAUCUGUCGCAUGGGGCCGGACCACCCACUGAGGGACGGAAUUUGGAUGAAAUCAUUUGUAACCUGUUCUUCUUUCCAGAUAUCCUUGAGGACAUUCGAGAGGAAUGCGCGAAAUACGGUAUAGUGAAGUCACUGGAAAUACCACGCUCGGUACCAGGAGUUGACGUUACCGGCGUUGGAAAAGUGUUUGUGGAAUUCAACACUAAGCAGGAGUGUCAAAAAGCACAGGCGGCUCUUACGGGCCGCAAGUUCGCGAAUCGAACAGUGGUUACAAGUUAUUACGACCCCGAUAUGUAUCAUCGACGGCAGUUUUGA